GCUCAUUUCCGUUGCUCCUGGCCUUCUUCGUUUAGCCUUUCGCGAUCUGAGAGUCUUUCGCGAUCUGAGAGUCGAGAGAUUCAACGUUUCCCUUUCUCAUUUCUCCAAACCCCAAUUUGCUAGAUCGAUUUGUUGCUCCCUUCUGGAAACGAAAACCAGUCCGCGUCUACAUGGACGGCUGCUUCGACAUGAUGCACUACGGCCACUGCAACGCACUCCGGGAGGCGCGUGCUCUCGGCGACGAAUUGGUCGUCGGCGUCGUCAGCGACGAGGAGAUCAUAGCUAACAAGGGACCUCCCGUUACGCCUCUUCACGAGAGGAUGAUAAUGGUGAAGUCUGUUAAGUGGGUGGAUGAGGUUAUUCCCGAUGCUCCUUACGAAAUCACGGAGGAGUUCAUGAAGAGGUUGUUUGAUGAGUAUCGGAUUGAUUACAUUAUCCAUGGGGAUGAUUCUUGCGUUCUUCAUGAUGGAACUGAUGCUUAUGCCUUGGUUAAGAAGGCUGGGAGGUAUAAGCAGAUCAAGCGUACUGAAGGAGUUUCCAGCACUGAUAUCGUUGGUCGUAUGCUUCUCUGUGUAAGAGAAAGAUCGAACAGUCAGAGCCAUUCGUCUCUGCAAAGGCAGUGUAGCCAUGGACAUAAUAGCCCAAGGUUUGAGGACGGAGCUUCUUCUGCUGGUGGUACUCGCGUCUCACAUUUUCUUCCUACUUCCCGCAGGAUCGUUCAGUUUUCCAAUGGCAAGGCGUUGGAUUUCUGCCAUUCGCGUGGCAUUAUGCACAGAGAUGUGAAGCCGCAUAAUGUAAUGAUUGAUCACGAGCAACGGAAGCUACGCUUAAUUGACUGGGGGUUGGCAGAGUUCUACCAUCCUGGGAAAGAAUACAAUGUUCGUGUUGCUUCAAGAUACUUUAAAGGGCCAGAGCUGCUGGUGGAUUUAAUGGACUAUGACUAUUCCUUAGACUUGUGGAGUCUUGGCUACAUGUUUGCUGGAAUGAUAUUCCGCAAGGCACCCUUCUUUUAUGGACAUGACAACUAUGAUCAAUUGGUCAAAAUCGCAAAGAACGCUUCGGACACAAUUCAAUGAGCAUAGGAAUGGGUGAUGAUGAUGAGGAAUGGGUGAUGAUGAUGAAGAAUGAGAGGAAUGAUGGCGAUGAGGAGAUGGAGAAAGGUCAUGGUGAUGAGGAGAGAGGAGAGAGAGUGGGUAAUAAGGAGGGAGAGAGGUGAUGGGUGAUAAUGGAGCAAGGGAGGAUAGAGAGAAUGGCGAUGAGGUAGGGCCAAGGGGAGAUAAGGGUGAUGAGGGAGAGGUGAGAGAAUGACGAUGAUGCCAUUCUCUUGCCUUGUAUCGUGUCUUUCGUACUUUGUUGAUAGUUUCGUAUGAUUUCAGAAUUUGUUUUCUAAUUUAAAGAAAGUUUCUCCGUAGAAACUUUUCGAAGUUUAUUUUACAGAAGACUGUUUCGUAAAACUGUGUUGUUUCUGGUAAAAACCUUGUGAAAGAACGUAUUUCUGGAUCUCUUUAUUUCCUUUCAGGGAAGAAAUAUGCAGAGUUUGUUCUAGUAA